CGGUUCUGCUGCAAAGGGAGCGCUGGCCGCACAAACAAAGGGAGCCUGAAACGGAUGAAAACUCCCGCCUUUUCUCUCCCCUUCCAGGGGUUGGCACCUCCUGAAGAAGGCGUGGCUAGUGAAGAGGAGCCAUCAAACCUUCCAAAAAGAAAAAUAUUUUGUCAUUUUUAAGGAUGAAUGGUUGACAGAAAAUAUGUUCAAAAGUUGGCUUAAAAAAAUAAACCUUGUGACUGCAGAAUGCCUUUAGUGUCGUAGAAGAAUUUCUGUGCAGGGGAGCUCCGCUUGCGCGGGCGGGCGGACAAAUCAGCAACCAUGAUCCCCACGCCGUGGCACGAACACGUUGGACCGCAAGGCCAGUACAGCUCAGUUUACGAGCCGGCCGAGGACACCUUCCUGCUGCUGGACGCUCUGGAGGAGGACGCGGAGAAGCUGAAGAGCGCCAGCAUUGAAAUCUGCCUUGAAGUAGGAUCUGGAUCUGGAGUAGUUUCAACUUUCGUGGCAUCAUUUAUUGAAUCUAAAGCAUUAUACUUAUGUACUGAUACCAACUCCGCAGCAGGUCUGUGCACAGCGGAGACAGCUAAGCGUAAUAAUGUUGACCUUCAGCCCAUAAUUACUGAUUUGGUAACAGGAUUGUUGCCCCGACUUCUUGGGAAAGUUGAUUUGCUGUUGUUUAACCCUCCCUAUGUGGUAACUCCUUCUGUCGAGAUAAAAAGCCAUGGAAUAGAAGCAUCUUGGGCUGGAGGUAAAAAUGGCAGAGAAGUUAUGGACAAACUCUUUCCAGUCGUGUCUGACUUGCUUUCAGCAAGAGGCUUAUUUUACUUAGUUGCAGUUGAAGAAAAUAAUCCAGAUGAAAUUAUAGAAAUAUUACAGAAAUGUGGCUUAAAAGGCACCAAGGCAAUAUGUAGACGAGCCGGAAGCGAGAAUCUCUCAGUACUCAGAUUCUGUAAAAACUGAAGACUCUGCAUGCUGUUACCAAUGUGGUGAGGUUUAAUUUUAAUGAAUUUUUUUUUGUACCCUUAAAAAAAAAAUUCUGUGCGAUAUGAGGGUAAAGGAGCCCUGUUAAAUCAUGCUGCGGGUGUAAGACACACGAAGGCAGAGGAGGAGUAUAGAUGGAUGCCACAAGUUGCAGAAGUCUUUGAACAAGAUUUCUCUGACACAGAUCGAGUUCUUGCUGCAGAAGUAGCGGUAGUGUACCACAGCAUCAUGCACCACUACAUUUAUGUAAGCCAGGACUGUACAAACAAACUGCUUCCAAGGAUUAUUGCCUGAUUCUGAUGUGGCAAGAAAAAUGUCUUGUGGACGGACAAAAGCCACCUGUAUUGUAGAGAGUGUUUUGGCACCGAGAUCACUAGAACGGUUGUUGGAGGACUUGGAAGCAGCAUCUCAGUUGGAUGUGAUGCCUCCAACAAGGGAAACAGGAAAUUCUUUCCAGUGACUGUUUGUUACUUUUCUGUAACAGAGGGAAUUAAGGAAGGCUUGCUUGAUUUUUAUAAUGACAAUGAAGAGACAAGUGAUGCGGUUGCAGCACAGAUCUGUGGUGUUCUAGAGGAGAAUGAUCUCAGUUUGAACAGAGUGUCUUCUUGCAUUGUAGACAAUGAAUUUUGGAAAACACAGCUCAGUGUUUCAGAAACUCAAGCAGCUUAACGACCGAUAGAUGUGGGAUGUGAGUCCCAUGUCACCCACAAUUGCCUCAAAAAUGGAAAGAAGGCAUUGAGUUUUAAUGUGGAAAUACUCAUCUUGCAAGUAUACAGUGAGUUCUCAUACUCGGCCAAGAAGACAGACACCCUGUGGUCCUGCUUUGACCUUAUAGAAAUGGAAUUCAGAGAGGUGCUUAGGUAUGUGCCAACACAGUGGCUGUCGCUUUUGCCUGCUGUUGAACAAGUUCUGCUGUGAUGGCCGGCACUGAGGACAUAUUUCCUGUCACGGGGAGGAAGAAUGUGAAAAGAUUGUGUGGGAAGCAUUCGUUCCAGAAGAGGACUCAUCUCUCCCUUUGUGUUAUAUUUACUUUCUGCACAGUCUGAGGGCAUUGUUUGAACCUGUGGUGAAGAGAUUGGAAAGUGCCACUGUCAGCUCCACAGAACUCUAUACUAUCCUGGAAGGCCUUCACACACAACUUCAGAAAAGGAGAGAGUCAUAGGGCCAAGCUACAAGUGACGCCUGACACUAGUUGGACACUUGUCAGCUUCCCUCAAGUUUUGAUGGGAAAUGUAGGCAGCUUGGCGGAAUGUUGGGCAAGUGAGAGUUGAAAAGUCCCUUGGACAGCAGUCGGAGAGCCAAGCUGCAAGACCAGGACGCCUACAUUUCCCAUCAAAACUUGAGGGAAGCUGACAAGUGUCCAACCUGUGUCAUUCGUCACUUGUAGCUUGGCCCACAGUUCUGUGGAAGAUCUGCUGAUGCCAUUCUGGGCAACAUCUCUCCAUAUGACAGGAGGAAAUUCAAAACAGAAGCUGACCAAAUGUUAACACGAUACAUUGAAAAUCUCAAGAAAUGGUAUGACUUUGAUGCAUCCAUUUUCAAGGCCAUGGCACUGCUCUCACUUGACAGUCCUGUGGCAUGGGCUCCAUUAAAGAGUCUUGUUACAGCCCUUGGUAUUGACAUAGACACUGACGAGCUAUUUCAUGAUUUUUGCAUUUUUGUCACAAUGCCAAGAAAAGAUUGUCUCACAGGAACAGAAGAUAGAACAGAGGUGGGUGAAGGUUUUCAGGAAAAUCCCAGACAGUGGUGAGAGUGAAAUGUUAAAGUUGGUCUCUUUUGUACUUUCCAUCCCUGUAUCCAGUGCCUACUGUGAGAGAGUAUUCAGCUUAAUGGCUCAGCUCUGGAGUAAGGAAAGAAAUCAGCUGAGUGAUAGCCUUGUGAAAGCAGAGCUCCAGGUGAAACUGAACUUCAGGAUGUCCUGUGAGGAAUUCUAUGAGUUUGUAAAAAAAACAGCCCAGAGUUGCUUAAAGCAGCACGAAGCCAGGACAAAUAUCGCUUUCCUGUCCGGAAGCAGAGAGCAGUACAGCCAUUACUUUCAUUUAUGUUGGGAUUCCUAAUGGUUAAAAGUUUGAUCAAAUAAAGUGUUUGAUCUUAAAGCUAUUUGUUGUUGGACGGAGGCUUAGGCUGACAGGAAGCCUGCAAAUGAUGUAAUACAGGGAAAAGGUGUGUGGGUGGGUAUGGAAAGUCACAUAAGGCUGGAAAUUUAAAUGUUGAAAGAAGGAAGGAACCUCAUACAAAGGGGAGCGUUUAGGGGAGUGACUCGAAAAUGGCAUCAUCAUAUGCUCUCUCUUGAUGACUUUUGACCUGGAAGUGACAUCACAUCCUUGCUGGGCACUGCCCCCAAAUCGCCAGAAAUUUCCUGAGUCUGUCUGGCAACCCUGUUUCCUUGUCUCGCCCGCACAGCAGCCAUUUUCUCAUGACACCCAUUUUCUCAUUGCCAGGGUUUUCAAAUGAAAAAAUAAGCAAUUGAAUAGCAUUAUAUUGCUAUACUGUUAUACCAAUACGUGUAUCAGGUUCCCUGAAUUCUCAGCUUUC